UCACGCUGACAACAUUGGCAGUGAUUGACAAUUUUGUGACGUGAUAGUGACAAUAAAAGUAGAUAUAACUGAAGAAAAUCGGAAAGCGAUUAAGUGGGCAAGAGACAUUUUCAAUUUUGGAUGUUACUGGUUUUCCAGUAUUCAUAAUCAUUCAAAGUGUCGGGAGUACAAGACAUGUCCGUUUUCGGAUCUUUAAUGGGUGACAUGGAAGACGAUCCUAUUUUCGGGUCUCAUAUGAGGCAUAUGCGCCAGAUGAACAAUAUGAUGAAUUCACUCUUAGCUGACCCUUUUGCUAUGAUGAGAGGACCAAUGAUGGGAUUCGGAGAUUUUGACAAUAGAGCUUUAACACACCGUCACAACAUGCAUAAUUCUUUAAUGUCUCCUUUCUCUAUGCCAAUCAUGCCAAAUUUCAAUAGACUUUUAAGUGGGUCUCUUGACUCAAUACCUAAUUCUGGAAAUUAUAGUAGUUCAAGUACAGUCAUAAGUAUGACUUCGGGUCCUGAUGGACGCCCCCAAUUAUACAAAGCAACAUCAAGUACAAGAGUUGCUCCUGGAGGCGUCAAAGAGACUCAGAAGACUGUUACCGAUACAGUUACAGGAACUAAGAAAAUGUCCAUUGGCCAUCAUAUUGGCGACAGAGCACAUAUAAUUGAAAAAGAGCAAAAUAUGCAUACUGGCGAUAGAGAGGAGAGGGAGGACUUGAUUAAUAUAGACGAUGACGAGAAGGAGGAAUUCAACAAUGAAUGGGAGUCUAAGACAAGAAGAUCAGAAAUACCUAGGAUCACACCAGGUUCUUCCAGAAACAGACACUCUUACGGCAGUCAUGCUUCUAUUCCAGCUAUAACAGCAGGUCCUAGUACUCGUCGGCACAGGGAUAGAACUUCAUCGGCCAGUCCAUUGGUGUCAGCACGUAGAAGUAUAAGGCCUCCCAAGCUAGCGUUACCUUCGACAAGUUCAACUAGGUUGUCAAGAUAUCAUUAAAUGUAUUAGUAAGACUAAACAUCUCGACCGCUUAGCAAUGCACCAGGAAGACAUCCCUACAGCCCUCCGAAUCAACAUCAUCAGCAACAGAGGAAGUCCAAGUCUCUUAAAACAUUUUCCAGUUCUCCAUCUCCGCCUCCCUCACAUUAGUUUUUCAACCAAUUUUUUUUCUGAAAAUUAGUUUCUGAAAGCACAGUUUUCAUUAUCACUUCUUAAUAACUGUAAUAAAAAACUUAACUUGAAAAUGAAUUCUUUUAUAUUGCAAUGAAAAAAUGUAAAAAGUUUUAUAAAAUAGUUUCUAUCUAAAUUCCAAUAGAUUUUCUGUUUUUGUAACUCCGGUAUUUUUCCAAAAAUCAGCUUUCUAUAUGAAACUAUUUCAUUUUGAUUUAAUUUGAUUUGAUUUCAUUUGAUUAUGUUUUAUUUAUUUAUUUAAUUGAUACACAAAUUCCAAAAAAUAAGAAUAAAACACUAAUGAGGAGACAGAUAUAGACAGUAAUUGUAGUACUUGAAGAUUGUGUUUAAAAUAGCAUCUAAGUGACUCUUAACUCUUAUGUUAUGCUACAAAGUAAAACUAAUUAUUAUAAAUUUGCAGUUAUGUAUAGAGAGUUAGGAAACAAUUUAGUCAGUGUAUCUAUUGGUGUUCUUAUAUUUUGAUAAAUUCAAAGUAAUUUUCGAAGUUAAAUUUUUUUGAGUGUGAUUUCUGGCAACAAUUGGAUAUUUGCAUCUGAUUCCUUCUACCUGUAACAAAAAUUACAAUUGUCUCCGACCUCAAAAUCGGCAAUGAAGCAAAAGUUAUCCAUCAGAUGCCGAUCAUAUAAAACACUUACUAAUAGUCAUAACCUCAAACUGUGAUCCAAUUUUAAUAGUCGAAAAAUUGCCUUUCAUUUCAAAUUUCCAUAAUUUUUUCAUUAGAAAAUAACUUAUUCGUACAUAAAUAUAAUUCAAUGAGAAAGGAUCUUCAACAAACACAAUUAGUGUUACGUAUUCAUAAAAACACUUUGUGAGGUUUCCACUUCAUGGUUUACAAAACCCUGACACGUGUUUCGCUAUAUAAUAGCCUCUUCAGGCGUCACAACACUCUUCAGGGGCGUCAGUAUUGUGACACCUAAAGAUGCAUUGUAUAGCAAAACACGUGUCUUGGUUUUGUAAACUGUUGAGUGGAAAUCUCACAAUGAAGUGUUUUUUGAAUAGUUUAUAAUGUAUUUUCGCCAAAUAUCGGUUAAUUCUAUCAUAUUUUUCAUAGAACAUUAAAUUAAUGACAGAAAAAGUAGCUGGAGCCAUAGAAAACCUCAAUUUGGUAGAAAUCUUUGAAAAUUGUUCAUAAGGAGACUAAAAGUUAUAUAAUUUUGUUGUAAAUACAUCUGAUGAAAACAGAAAGCUGUCUCUUGACAUGCGUUUUGCUGUCUGGGGGCAGCAUUAUCAGGGGAUAUUUAACUCUGGUGGAUUGGUAUAGAUAUAAGGUAUUUCUGUUGAAUAACUAUGAGUAUUAAAUUAGUGUCAUUUCUCUUCAACUGAUGCUGGGGGUUUCAAGUACUAGCAGUAGUUUUGUUAUAUUUCUGCAAUAUUUAAUGAUCAUUAUCUGGUUAACCAAUGGUAAUAAUGUUACAGCAGUCUGUGAAUUUCAGAUGGAUUUAAGUUGCCAAAUUUAGUCGAAUGAAAUCUAACUUGUGCUUCUACAAUUGAACACUUAUGUCUUCAUGGAAACUUUGCUUUCAAAAACUUUGUAUUUUUCUCUACUUAUCUGAAAACCCAUGGGUUUUAGCGGCGGCACAAUUUUUUCUGUGACCUAUUCAGGUGUAUUAUAAUUGUACGUUGUUUGAAAGGAAUAUAUUUUAAUUUUCUGUAAGAGUUACUUUUUAUUCCUUUUCAGGACUGUGAUUGAUUCAAAUAGACCCUUGUCCUCAUUAAGAGUUUGGAAAAUAUCUUCUAACAGGUCCUAUCUCAACAAUAUGAUGAAAAAUGAAGCUAACUUUUAUGUACAGUGUACAAAGUGCUCUCUUUUUUUGUAGUUUUGAAUUUUGUUCUUGUAGAUAUCCAACUUUUAAUAACUUGAUAUGAGCUCAUUCACUGUAACGUAGAACAUGAGUUUUUUAAAAUUCAGGCAAGAUUAUUCAUCAAUGAGACAUUUAAAGUGUAGAAGAAUUCUAAUUUUCAAUAGAAGCCUUUAGAUAAUUCAACUUUUAAGUUAAAUAAAUUUGAAUUUGUAUGUAUUAUAUGGAAUGGAAGUGAGUAAAAACUUGUACGUUCAAGAUAGUAUUCAAUAAUUAAUGUAUAAUUGACAGUAUUCAUUAAUUAAUCUUUUCUUCAUUAUGAUUUCCUACCACUUGUAAUGGCUGCAUCGUUCAAGUCAUUAUUCAAUAAUUUUUUAGUCGGUUAUAAAAAUAAAUCUUCCUAUAUUGAGCAAGAAGUUGGUAACUUGAAUAACCUACAAAAGAUUCAUCAUUCAAUAGCAAUUUCAUAAGCUAUUAUUUUUCAACUUUUCUGAUGUUUUCCAAAUACUUAUUUCUUGUAGUUUCUAGAUGAUUUUAGUAUUAUUGUAAAUUGUCUGCACAGUGGGGUAUUAUUGCUGUUGUUUACUGUAUGUAUUUUGUGUGGCUAUAUUUAGAAGAGAUUGAGAGCAAAUCUACAAGAACUGGUAUGUGAUUCGAGAAGGACAAGUUCAGUAAGAGGAAAAGAGAAGUUGUUUUGUUCAAGAACGACAAAGGAAAACAUUGAUUUUUUACUACUAUUGAUAUACCGACAGUGCUGAAACGAAAUCAGUGUGUAUCACUGCUGUGAACAUUUUUUAUUCGAGCUCUCUCUCCUGUUCACUGAAUUGUAAGUUGAAAUCGAUCUCUUACCAGAUCUGUAUAUAUUUCAUAGUAAGUUCUGUAAUGUAAAAUAUUCAAUUGAACUGUUCUUGCUUUAGGUUAAAUUCAAAUAAAAUUAUAUUCGACAAA